CGUUAGGAAAAUUUAUAUUAAGUGUUAAUAGAACAAAUGUAUGUGCUAACGUCAGAAUUGGAAAAUGUUGCAAAAGAAAAUUGCAAUGAAUCAUUGGAAUUACGUGAAUCUUCAUUGGCCUCUUUAAAGGCCUGGCUUAAGAAAGCCCCACAUUUAAAAGCCCGCACAAAUGAUGAAUUACUAUUAUCAUUUUUACGCUGCAGUCGUUAUAGUUUAGAGGAUACAAAAAAACGUAUUGAUGGUUUUUAUUCGCUUAAAAAUGUCUUCCCAGAAGUUUUAUCAAAUCGCAAUAUUGAUGACUCGUUAAUGGAUUUAUAUAAUCAGGGCAUACACACUAUACCCAUUAAACCUUUAAGUCCCAAUGGACCACGCAUUAUUAUUUCCCAGUACAGUAAAUAUGAUCCGAAGAAAAGUAAUCCCCGAGAUGCAUUCAAAUUACUUUUUAUGCUACUCGAAAUAUUGGCCAAUGAAGAUCCAAAUACUAGUGUUGCCGGUGUGGCAUAUGUCAUAGAUGCCAGAGAUGUAACGAUGGAACAGAUGUUACAAUAUGAUCCAUAUUUAUUGAAGAAAACAUGGACACUGGUAGAGCAUUGUUUGCCUAUAAGAUUUACGGAAAUACAUUUAAUAAAUAUGCGUAAAGAGGGUCAAGCCAUAUUUAAUUUUGUCACUACAUUUUUACCCGCCAAAAUGCCCGUAAAGUUUGUAGUGCAUAAAAAAGCUGAGGAUUUAUAUGAUCAUUUGCCACGGGACUGUAUGACGGUCGAAUAUGGCGGUCACAAUGGUUAUCAACCGGAAGCAUUAAAACAUUGGGAAAAUGUUAUGCUCAAAUACAAGGACUACUUUGCUGAUGAUGACAACUACGGUACAAAUGAGAAAUUAAGAUCGGGUAUAAUGGCCAGUGCUGAAGUUUCCGAACUUACCGGUUUAAGUGGAUCUUUUCGUAAAUUGGAAGUAGAUUAAAAAUUUCAAGAAAAGUUUUGUUUUUUUGUAAUUAUUUUAUUAAUUAAAAUUAAUAUUUACUACUCGUUGUCUUAACUUAAGUUUAUAAAUUAAAAUACAAUUAUUUUUGUAUAUUGAUUAAAGAAAUAAUAAAUUAUACAGUAUUAUUAAAUCUUUGGUAUAUCAUGUAUCCGUUUUAAAUUAAU